AUGGCUCCAUCUGUCCUCCAGCGUCCUGACUCUUCCGUGGUCCUAAAGCAGACCCCUUCGCUAGCAUCAGUAACAGAGAACUAUUGUAGUUCCCUCCGAUUUUACCUCAACGGAACAAGGGUUGAGCUGGAAAAUGCCGAUCCCGAAGCCACUCUGUUGGAGUACUUGAGGGGUGUUGGACUGACAGGAACCAAGCUGGGAUGCGCCGAGGGUGGUUGUGGAGCUUGCACAGUGGUUAUCUCGCACCUUAAUCCUACAACGAAGCAAAUAUACCAUGCAUCCGUUAACGCAUGUCUCGCACCACUUGUCAGUGUGGACGGCAAACAUGUCAUCACUGUGGAGGGGAUUGGAAAUGCGAAUAGCCUGCAUGCCGUUCAGCAAAGAAUUGCUGCGGGAAACGGAAGCCAGUGUGGGUUUUGUACGCCGGGUAUUGUCAUGAGUUUAUAUGCCCUGCUGCGGAACAAUCCUUCUCCGUCAAAACUUGCAAUCGAAGAAACAUUCGAUGGCAACCUUUGUCGCUGCACCGGUUACCGCUCCAUCCUAGACGCCGCCCAGUCAUUUUCUUGUGGAAAAACAAGUGCCAGCGGGGGACCGGCUUGCUGCAUGGAAUGGAAACAGGGAGGUUGUUGUAAGGAUAAGGCAUCUACAAAUUGCGACACCAGCAAUAGUGACAACACCUCAACCGAAAAAUCCUUCAAUUCGCCGGAUUUCAUCUCCUACAACCCCGACACUGAAUUGAUUUUCCCUCCGUCAUUGCGGAAGUAUGAGUUUAGGCCAUUGGCCUUUGGAAAUAAGAGAAAACGCUGGUACCGUCCUGUCACUGUGCGGCAGUUAUUGGAGAUCAAGGACGCAUGUCCAUCCGCCAAGAUUGUGGGGGGAAGCACCGAGACACAGAUUGAAGUCAAGUUCAAGGCUAUGCAAUAUGUCGACUCAGUAUAUGUCGGCGAUAUUCCGGAGUUAAAACAGUACGUUUUUACGGACGAUUACCUGGAAUUAGGGGCGAACGUUACCUUGACGGAUUUGGAGAGUAUCUGCGAUAAAGCAAUUGAGAUAUACGGACCUACUAAGAGCCAACCGUAUGCUGCAAUCAAGAAACAGAUCAGGUACUUUGCUGGAAGACAGAUUCGUAAUGUUGCGUCCCCAGCAGGAAAUAUAGCUACCGCGUCGCCGAUAUCCGAUCUAAAUCCAGUUUUUGUUACAACUAGCACGAUCCUAGUUGCAAAAUCUCUAGAGGGAGAUACAGAGAUUCCGAUGGGAGAGUUUUUUAAAGGAUACCGGUCUACAGCUUUGGCAGCCAACGCUAUCGUCGCAUCGUUGCGAAUCCCAGUGAGCCAGGAAUCUGGCGAAUAUCUCCGGGCAUACAAGCAGUCAAAAAGAAAGGAUGAUGACAUAGCCAUCGCCAACGCCGCUUUUCGAGUUUCACUUUCAGAUUCAAAUAUCGUGACCAGUGCUAAUCUGGUAUACGGCGGCAUGGCUCCUACAACCACCCCUGCGAAGCUAGCACAAACCUUCCUCGUAGGGAAGGACUGGACUGAUCCAGCCACACUUGAGGGCGUAAUGAAUUCUUUGGAAAUGGAUUUUGACCUUCCGUCUUCAGUGCCAGGCGGGAUGCCAACGUAUAGGAAAACUCUCGCCCUGGGGUUCUUCUACCGGUUCUACCAUGAUGUACUCGCCAGUCUCCGGUGUAACACUACAGCUGCCGAAGAAGAAGCGGUCGCUGAAAUCGAGAGAGAAAUCUCUUCCGGCCGAAAGGAUCAUGCAGCUGCCCGCUCAUAUGAAAAGCGGAUUCUGGGGAAGGAAGUACCCCAUGUCUCCGCGCUGAAGCAAACUACUGGCCAGGCGCAAUACACGGAUGACAUUCCCCCUCAACGCAAUGAACUCUACGGGUGCCUAGUCCUAUCCACAAAGGCUCGUGCGAAAAUACUAAGGGUCGAUUUCCGCCCUGCUUUGGAUAUCCCAGGUGUGGUCGACUAUGUUGAUCAUACUAGUCUUCCGAGCCCAGAAGCAAAUUGGUGGGGCCAACCGAGGGCUGAUGAAGUAUUUUUUGCCGUCAAUGAAGUUUUCACGGCUGGUCAGCCCAUUGGGAUGGUUCUUGGUACUUCCGUAAGAUUGGCUGAAGCGGGUUCGCGGGCUGUCAAGAUUGAAUAUGAAGAGUUACCUGCUAUCCUAACCAUCGAGCAAGCGAUUGAAGCGAACUCCUUUUACGACCAUCAUAAGCCUUUUAUCAAAAGUGGUGACAUCGAGGCUGCAUUUGCCACAGCAGAUCAUGUUUUCGCUGGCGUCUCAAGAAUGGGUGGGCAGGAGCAUUUCUAUCUAGAAACUCAAGCGUGUGUUGCUAUUCCCAAGCCAGAGGAUGGGGAGAUGGAGAUUUGGAGUAGCACGCAGAACCCUAAUGAAACACAAGAGUAUGUGGCUCAGGUCACCGGAGUUGCAUCUAACAAGAUCGUGUCGAGAGUCAAACGGCUUGGGGGUGGGUUCGGAGGGAAAGAAUCUAGAUCGGUUCAGCUUGCCGGUAUCUGCGCGGUGGCUGCUUCCAAGUCUAGGCGCCCCGUUCGUUGUAUGCUGAAUCGUGAUGAGGAUAUUCUUACAUCGGGUCAACGGCAUCCAUUUCUCUGCCACUGGAAAGUUGGCGUGUCGAAGGAAGGGAAACUAUUGGCGCUGGACGCCGAUGUUUAUGCUAACGCUGGUCAUACUCAGGACCUCUCUUUUGCUGUGGUUGAUCGAUGUCUAUCACACAUUGAUGGUGUCUACAACAUCCCCAACGUUCAUGUUCGUGGGCAUGUUUGCCGUACGAAUACGGUGUCCAAUACUGCAUUCCGCGGAUUCGGCGGGCCACAAGGCCUAUUUUUCGCUGAGACUUACAUGUCAGAGAUCGCUGAUCAUCUGAACAUCCCUGUGGAAAAGCUUCAGGAGAUCAACAUGUACAGUCGAAAUAACAAGACGCAUUUCAAUCAGGAACUCGGUGCCGAUUGGUAUGUGCCCCUCAUGUACAAGCAGGUAAUGGACGAAUCCGAUUAUGCUUCCCGUCGAGCAGCGGUUACAGAGUACAAUCGGACUCACAAAUGGUCCAAAAAGGGCCUCGCUAUUGUUCCAACAAAAUUCGGUAUAUCUUAUACGGCGUUAUUCCUUAACCAGGCUGGUGCGUUGGUGCAUUUGUAUAAUGAUGGUAGCGUCCUUGUUGCUCACGGCGGCAUCGAAAUGGGCCAAGGCCUGCACACUAAAAUCACCAUGAUCGCAGCGGAGGCACUUGGUGUUCCUCAGUCCGACAUCUUCAUAUCCGAAACGGCUACUAACACCGUGGCCAAUGCAUCUCCCACGGCGGCCUCUGCAAGUUCUGACCUCAAUGGAUAUGCAGUCUUCAAUGCCUGCGAACAACUCAACCAGCGCCUCCAACCAUACAGGGAGAAAUUGCCGAACGCGACGAUGAAACAACUGGUCAAAGCAGCGUAUCUCGACCGGGUUAACCUCACCGCGAACGGUUUCUACAAGACCCCCGAUAUAGGCUAUAAAUGGGGUGAGAACAAAGGCCUCAUGUUCUACUACUUCACCCAAGGGGUGACCGCAGCCGAAGUCCAGAUCGACACGUUAACGGGCGAUUGGACACCACUCCGUGCAGAUAUAAAAAUGGACGUGGGACAGAGUAUAAACCCUUCCAUCGACUACGGACAGAUCGAAGGUGCUUUUAUCCAGGGCCAAGGACUCUUCACGACUGAGGAGAGCCUCUGGCACCGUGCUUCUGGCCAGAUUUUCACCCGUGGGCCGGGCACGUAUAAAAUCCCUGGCUUCAGAGAUAUUCCGCAAGUGUUCAAUGUGAGCUUGCUUAAAGAUGUACAAUGGGAGAAUCUACGGACGAUCCAGCGAUCAAGAGGUGUUGGCGAGCCGCCUCUUUUCAUGGGCAGCGCUGUCUUCUUCGCGAUACGGGAUGCACUGAAAGCGGCAAGAAAACAAUGGGGGGUUGAUGAAGUAUUGACCUUGGUCAGUCCGGCGACGCCUGAAAGGAUUCGGAUCAGCUGUUGUGAUCCGAUCGUGGAAAGGAGUCGGGUGAAGGACAAGGGUGACGGAUUUUUUGUUGUUAUUUAA